AUCAUCAAUAACAAAACCAAGUACUCAUGGAGAUUGAUGUUGCUGUUGCAGUUCCAUGUCACCGUUCAGUAUUGAGAGCAUACGGCGCCCCAGGAGGUCGGAGUCUCCAGACUCGAAGAAGAGACGCAUCCACAGGUGUGACUUUGAGGGCUGCAAUAAGGUCUACACCAAGAGCUCCCAUCUAAAAGCACACAGGAGAACGCACACAGGUGAGAAGCCAUAUAAGUGCACCUGGGACGGCUGUACGUGGAAGUUUGCGCGGUCCGACGAGCUGACGCGGCACUACCGAAAGCACACCGCCGUCAAACCGUUCAAGUGCGCGGACUGCGACCGCUCCUUCUCCCGCUCAGACCACCUGGCCCUGCACCGGCGGAGACACAUGCUGGUGUGAGCCCUGCAGAGAGGCACCUCACACACACACACACACACACAGACACACACACACACACACAGACACACAACACACUCACUCACACAGACAGAGCAGAGGCACACUCAAACACACAGCUCGGAGAGCGGGGUCUCUCCCCUGAAUGUGGUUCAGCUGGCCUGGACACACACUCCCUGCGGCGCUGAGAGAGAAGAGGCAUGGAGGAGGGUGGAGGACAGGUCAUGUCCGCAGAGCAGAACAGGGUGGGAUCCUUGAGGAGCAAGCCGGAGGAUCGAUCUUUGCCGUCGUUCUGAGUUUUUAAUGGAAACCUGUCCUUUCCAGCACUGUUCUUAUUAAAUGUUUCAUCUAGAUUUAUAAGAAGGAGUUGUACUAUUCAUUUUUUUGGACUAAACCGCAAUUGCAUCUAUUUCCUCUUUGUUGUUAUUUUUGGUUGAUGUUUCAAAAAAAAGGCUGCUUUUUUCGGGUUCAUAAUGUGAAAGAUGGAUUCGAUUUAGUUGCGUGGAUGUUUUUGGAGAGAUUGGGCUGGAUCUGGAUUGAGCUGCAGAAACAGACAUGUACCAACAGUCAGACCCAGUCAUGGAUGGAAUUGUUGCACUGUCCCCUGUCUGACUCUCUCCCAGCUAUCUACUUCAACCAGCAGAGGGCGCAACCCAGUCACAGACAGACCCAGGAGUACUGGAAGCUGGGGUAGAGGUUGGGGUAUUCAAGCCGGAGGCUGGGAUAGAGGCCAAUGCUCCCCAACAGGCCAGUAAUACAGAGACUAUACCAGGGCUGAGAUUUCACCCAGCCAAAUGCCAGCAAACCAGCCAAUGAGAUUGAAGCAUACACCCUACAACAGGAAAAGAGAACCAUCAGCCUUGUCUUGUAAAACACAUACGGGCACAUUUCACCUCGUAGGCCCGGUUAGCACAGGUACUGUAUGUUUUGGAUAUUCGGUUGGUUUUACAUUCAGGACUGUGAGAGAAGGUUUCUGAGAUCCAUUAACAGGGUCUGACAGAGUAGCCGAUCUUAUCGUCACCAUCCAUCGUAAGUCUCUUGGAAAUGUUUUCUUAUAUAAAAAAAACUUUGUUGGUGCAUUUUGUGCUGUGAUUAGCAAUCAGUAAAGUGCAAUCUUAUUGGGUAAAUAUAGUUUUUUUUCAAUAUGAAACUUUUUUGUUCUUGCUGUUUAUGCCUGCUUCGAUACAUUUAUAAUUUCUGAACCCCCAAAAUGUCUUUUGAUACAAUCAUUGGAACAUAUCCGAGAAAAGACUUUGGCACCUUACAGAGUUGUGGCUUGGCUCGUAGUGAGGAUUCCUCUCGAUAGCAGGAUGCAAAUCUACUAUACGGGGCGUGACAGCUUCGUCUGGUAUCCACUGUCCACUUGGAGGACAGGAACCACACACACACAAACUCUGUGUUUGAACUGAGGGGCCCAUAACUGUAGCCCAUUAGAGUUAUGGGCCCCCCCUUUAAGAGAGAACAUUUUGAA